ACCUUCCCCAGAAAACGGCGAGCCACUUGUACCCUAAAAUCCCGAGUCAAAUUCGAUGAGACAAUGCUCCCGACGCUUAACGGUUUGAAAAUCAUACCAAACAAUCACCGUUUUGGUGCUUUUUCUCUGGCUCGUCUCUCGCUAUGACCCUCAUCUCUAGAUUUUUGGUCACUAGAGUGGUUACAAGAUACACACAAUCUCUAUACUCGAACCCGAAUAAUGGAACAGCUGUUACGGUUUCUCUGAGGUUGCCCCAAUUCAGACUUUACUCGCCGUCUUCUAGAAUUCUGAGUAAUGGGUAUCAUCAAAAUCAUACUUUGGCCCUUCUCCAUAAUGUUAAAGGAAGAGUUUUUGGUAAUCAUCUUCUCUCGAGAAGCUAUUCGAUUGCAAAUGCAAGCUAUGUCGCUAAGCAACAUGCUCAAGUCUCUUGGAAAACGCUUCUUUCUAGAUACUCUAUGCGCAAUUGGAACAUGACUCGGUUAAGUAAAAUGGCUCAAGCGUUCAGCUUGUCUCUAGCUCGUUCGCACCUGUUUUUACCUGGUAUCUUAGCUGUUGGUUGGAGACAGGUUACGUGGGCGCAAAGACCGGCUCCAAGUCCGGUUAUAAAUCACUAUCCUUCACAGUUUUCGGUUUAUAAAAGUGCGUUGAACAUUCCCAUUGUGCUCUCUACUUUAUUGUUCUCUGCAAUGGAAGGUGUGAUCUUGAUCGGGAGAGCUCUCUAUUUAGCUCUUCUGCUAUCUCCAAAUCUUGUAAUGGCACUGUUGGAGUUUUCAUGCGGGUCUCGUUUUAGAAAGUUAAGGCUUGAAGUUCUCCAUCGAACUCUGGAAAAAGCAGGUCCUGCCUUUAUCAAAUUCGGGCAAUGGAUUGCCACAAGGCCUGAUCGGUUCUCCAAGGAUUUGUGUUUGCAGCUUUCAAAGCUUCACAGUAAUGCUCCUGAGCACAGUUUUGCUUUCACGAAGAAAACCAUUGAAAACGCAUUUGGUCGUAAACUCUCUGAUAUAUUUGAGGAAUUUGAUGAAGCGCCAGUUGCAUCUGGGAGUAUAGCUCAAGUACAUCGAGCUACUUUGAGGUUUCAGUAUCCAGGACAAAAGAUUAAAUCCUCGGAAGUUGCUGUUAAAGUUAGACAUCCUUUUGUUGAGGAAACGAUGACACGAGACUUUGUGCUAAUUAAUCUGGUAGCAAAGAUGAGUACUUGGAUUCCGGGGUUGAAUUGGCUUAGACUAAAUGAGUGUGUGCAACAGUUUAGCGUCUACAUGUUGUCUCAAGUGGAUCUCUCAAGGGAAGCUUCUCAUUUGAGUCGGUUUACAUACAACUUCCGUGGAUGGAGAGAUGUCUCUUUCCCUAAGCCUGUCUUUCCGCUUGUACAUCCUUCUGUUUUGGUUGAGUCAUUCGAGCAUGGAGAAAGCGUGGCUCGUUAUGUCGAUGGCUCAGAAGGACAUGAAUGGCUCAAGUCUAAAGUAGCACAUAUUGGAACUCAUGCUCUCUUGAAGAUGCUCCUGGUCGACAACUUUGUUCACGCCGAUAUGCAUCCCGGGAAUAUUCUAGUCCGGAAAAACGAUACUCGAAAAGGUCUUUUCAAAUCGAAGAAGCCACACAUCGUUUUCCUAGAUGUUGGCAUGACUGCAGAACUCUCGAAAACCGACCGAGAUAACUUACUCGGUUUUUUCAAGGCGGUUGCACGUAGAGAUGGUCGGACUGCUGCUGAAAGAACACUUAAGUUAUCUAGACAACAGAAUUGUCCUAAUCCACUGGCCUUUGUCGAGGAAGUAGAAGAAGCGUUUAGAUUCUGGGGAACACCAGAAGGAGAUUUAGUUCAUCCAGCAGAUUGUAUGCAUGAAUUAUUCGAGAAAAUGAGGCGUCAUAGAGUUAAUAUCGACGGGAAUGUGUCCACAGUGAUGUUUACAACAUUAGUUCUCGAGGGAUGGCAACGAAAGCUCGAUCCGGGAUACGAUAUAAUGCGCACGCUACAAGCAAUGCUGCUGAAAACAGAUUGGGCAAAGUCACUUUCUUACACGGUCGAUGGACUGAUGGCUCCAUAGAUGGAAAAGGUUUCAAUCUUUUUAUUAUUCUUUUACACAUUUUAAAUUCCUUUUGAGAGCAAGAUUCUGUUUUGACUUAGGAGUUGAGGAACAAAUACACAUACGUUUUAGAGAAAGAAUCAAAAGAAAAAUUUGUCUUCUUCUUUUUCUUUUGCUUCGAGUUAAUCAAUUUUUUUUAAUUACAGAGAGAAACUUGUAUUUUGUGCGGUAUAUAUCAGUUUACGAUUGUGUCCUCUGAGCUCAAGAACAAACUUUGAAACUGAACUCAAACGGAAUGUCUCACAAUCUUGGUUUUGCUUUCAUUUUUUAUUUU